AGAGCUCGCACUCCAGCUUAGCGUUCAGUUAGGCACAGACGCCCCAGCCCCUCUCCCAGUCUCACCUUGGUUUUCUUUUGGACGUUUUAUCGGUGCCACCGAACAGAAAUAAGCAGCCAUGGAUGCCAUCAAGAAGAAGAUGCAGAUGCUUAAGCUCGACAAGGAGAAUGCCUUGGACAGAGCUGAGCAGGCUGAGUCAGACAAGAAAGCAUCAGAGGAUAAAAGCAAACAGCUUGAGGACGAAUUGGUAGGUCUGCAGAAGAAGCUGAAGGGAACUGAGGAUGAGUUGGACAAGUACUCCGAGUCUCUUAAAGAUGCACAGGAGAAACUUGAGCUGGCUGAGAAGCAAGCUACCGAUGCUGAGGGAGAUGUGGCUUCCCUUAACAGACGUAUCCAGCUGGUUGAGGAGGAGUUGGAUCGUGCUCAGGAGCGUCUGGCCACUGCUCUGACCAAGCUGGAGGAGGCUGAGAAGGUUGCUGAUGAGAGUGAGAGAGGCAUGAAGGUCAUUGAGAACAGGGCCAUGAAGGAUGAGGAGAAGAUGGAGUUGCAGGAGAUCCAGCUGAAGGAGGCCAAGCACAUUGCUGAGGAGGCUGACCGCAAAUAUGAGGAGGUGGCUCGUAAGCUGGUCAUCAUUGAGGGUGACCUGGAGCGUACAGAGGAGCGCGCUGAGCUGUCAGAAACCAAAUGCUCUGAGCUUGAGGAAGAGUUGAAAACUGUGACCAACAACCUGAAGUCACUGGAGGCCCAGGCUGAGAAGUACUCACAGAAGGAGGACAAAUAUGAGGAGGAGAUCAAGGUCCUCACUGACAAGCUGAAGGAGGCUGAGACUCGUGCUGAGUUCGCUGAGAGAUCAGUAGCCAAGCUUGAGAAGACCAUUGAUGACCUGGAAGACGAGUUGUAUGCUCAGAAACUGAAGUACAAGGCCAUCAGCGAGGAGCUGGACCACGCCCUCAACGACAUGACUUCCAUAUAAAUUGUUUACACCUCAUCAAAGACGUUUCCUUCCAGCUGAGUGGCAUCUGUCAUCUUUCUCCGGCCUUCUCUCCAUUUUCCCUUCCCUCUCUGUCUGUGCUUUCCUUUCCUCAUAUUUUCCUCCUUACGUCAAAGUUAAUUGCAUCCCAUCUCUUGUACAGAAUCCUAGAAUCUUUCUACGUUGUGUAAAAAUAAACGUCCUUCCUUCUAUGUAAGCUGUAUCUCUUUACUCUGUCCUUUUUUUUCUUUUUCAUAUCUAUUUAUUUUCAAGGGGCUCUAAUAAAACCAGGAAGCCUUGAUUUUAAGUAAUGUAUUUAUGUUUUAUUUCUGCAUCUCAACAAACCAUUCGUUGAGCCAUACCCUGCUUUCCUUGGUGUACUUUUAAAGAUUUCGAAGGCUGUACUUAUUUAUUUUCUUUAAAUAUUGUUCUGUGAAACUGAGAUAUUAGGAAUAUCACAGUAACUGCUAAAUGCACAGCGCCUAGAAGAACUACAGAUACUUGAUGAAAGCUGAGCCAAGUUGUCUUUUGAGACUGAUGCAUGCAAGCACUUUCCAACAUUUAGUACUGUGACAGGGGGAACUGACUCUGAAAAGAUUUUAAUAUUGGAGGAAAUUGGUGUUGGAUUGUUGUUAGGAAGAUUGUGGUAAAGUAGAGAAAUAGUGGAAUACAGAACAGUAUGUAAGAUGUGUUGAGACUCCUCUGGUUGCUGGGAAAACUGUGUGAUUGAGAAGCAUUGUUUCACUCUCUAUUAAGACAUCAGUGAUUAUGACACAUGGGGCUUUGUAUGAUACACAGUAUCCUGUCAUAUGUUUAAAUAAACAUACAAUCACA